CCAUAAAUCACCCCCCCCCCUCCCCCACUGUGGUGUGUCUUCCCUCAGGAACAGCCGGGAUAGCAGGAGAUGUUGCAGCAACAAAAAUUGUGGAAUUGUCCAAAAAGAAUCGGGAGCUGAGCGCCGAGGUGGAGAGUGAAAAGACCAAAGCGAAACAGCUGAAGAACAAAGUGAAAGAGCUGGAGAGAGAGCUGACAACAUUUUCACAACUUCCUGAGAAAGACUCGAGGAACGGGAUGAAUGUGAUCCGGUCCAUGGAAGUAACUCCGGCAGAAAGGUCGGAAAUGAAAGCGUUACAAGAGAAGCUGGCAGCUGCUAAUCUAAAACUAACAGAAUAUCGCAACCAAAUCCAGACUACAAAGCAAGAGCUGAAAAUGGCGCACAAGGUUCUUGUCAAUGAAGUUGGAGAAGAUGUGAAUAUUCCUCAUCUAAUUUCCUCAUGUGGAAGUUGGAGAGGCCGGGCGCAGCACAUUCUAGCCCUGCAGGGCCGGGUCCGGGAGCUGGAGAGCCAGCUGGGCCAGAUAAGGAGUCCCAUGUCAGAGCUCAGUCUGGAGGAAGAGAUGUUGGGGACAUCCCGGAGAUUGCCUGCUCAGGAGAAGAACUUGUUCCGCCUGCGAUCGUUGGAGAAAGAGAAGAAAGAAUCUCUGGAGGUAAUAUAGACAAUAAAGACAGAGGCCCGGAUUCAGAAAGAA